CUGGAUUCUAAGUCUCUCCUGCCCUUCUCAGUCUUACACCUCCCCAGUGGCAUCAAUCCGCUCCUGCAGUCAGCCUUAUCCUUUCUCGGAAGCAUUUGAUUCAUAAGGCCUAUUGAUUGCCCAAGCAUCCGGCCUCUCAUCCAUUAUGGCUGCAGUUACCCCAAUGGAAUUGGUCGCGAAAGGCGAUCAAAGCCCUAUCCCUCUUCGAUGCACCCUGUGCCCGACGAAGCCCAAUUUUUCUGACCUGUCUCACCUUCUCACCCACAUGGCUUCCAAAAGUCAUCUGUCCCACAAGUUCAAGGUUGAGUUGAGGUCAAAGAACGAUAGAGAAGCCUAUGAGAAUUUUCGCCAGUACAAUGACUGGUACCACCGGUACGACAUUGAUAGUCUUCUCGCCGAGCGCAUAAUUGCAAAGGACCAAAAGAAGUCAGGCAGAAGAGGCCGGUCUGCAACCACAGCUGGUAUCAAGCGAGAAACCAGUGCGGACGGAAAACAGGACGACUCAAUUAAGGCGGAACCCGAAGACAAUUUUGAGCCAUCCGAACCGCCUCUUAUGUUAGCUCCAUGGCCCCCAGCUUCAAUCCCAUCAUACAACGGGCGCCAAGGAUACUUGGAUGACUCAAGCUAUCAGACCCCGAAUUUGAAGCGAUCUCGGUCGGACGCUUCAUCUCCCAACCCACAUGAGAACCCGUUGCAUCUGCAUUACGGGCGAUUGCCUUCCGAGGCCGAGACCGCGGAGAGCGCCCCUGCGUCUGAGCUAACUAGCUUGCCUUCUGAAGUAACCGAUCCUCCCGAAGACGAAAACGAAAAUGACACCAGCAAACUGAAGGGUAUCAGAUAUCCGGGCAUGGGUCUGUUCGACGCCGCGGACGAGGAUCAGAAAAAGAGGCGCAAUCAACGGAAGGAUGAUUCUGUCCUGAAACAGAUGGAAGAGAUAUCGUCUGGCAUCGAACCAACUGAGUGUGUCUGGACAGAGAUUGGCGAGUUCCAACGCAGUCGCGAUAUCUACGCUACUCCUUCAAUUGAGGGAAGCCCUGACCGCACAUUGGAGCCUCAGGAAGAGCCCGACGCCGUCAGGCCUAAAAGACGCCGUCGAUCCGCGGCGGCCCCGGCGCAACAACGCCAGACACGGUCCUCAGCCAGAAUUACGCGGAGGAAUGAGCUGCGCCAGCAGAAGGUUCAUACGGAAGAUGAUCUUUCUGAGCAAGUCGACAUCGAUGACAGCAUCCAGACGCAGAAUUCCGUUGAUUCCCACGACAUCUUCCGUGAUCCUCCGAAUCCUCACCUCGGUUGGGCAGAGACGGCUCAGGAGAAAGCCAGUUUCAACCUUGGACGGCCUUCAGCUCUCCAGUCUCGGAAUCCGAACCUGUCCAUGGCGUCGUCAACACCGAAGGCUGUCAAGUCUACGUCAUUCUUCCCUACGAGAGAGACCACAGGAGUCUCAUUCGCACACCAGCCUCCGAUCCCGGCUAGCCACUAUUUCCAACAUCAGCAUGCAAUGGGCGGCGGAAACGCCAACCCGCUUUGCGCUCAGAAUAGAAACGGAUUUUUCAAUCCUUACGGUUAUCCCAUCCAUAGUAACGCAAUGAACCUGGGCAGCAUGCAUUUCAACCCUUUCGGCGCAUCCUAUGGUACGGACUCGGCCCACGACCGCGGUGAUGACGAUUUCGAGCUCUAAAGGGUUGGCCGUUGGAAGGCUCACGAUGAGCUCGGCAUGACAAUUUUGUCUGGAGCUUCUGCUUUACGUCGAGAACUCCAGACCCUAAGAAUGGAAUGAACAAUCCAUUUGUGCUCCGCAAUCCGCUUGAAAUCGAAUGGUUCCAGCGAGAGACUCGUUCCCGAU